GCCUGCCCUUCCGCCCUGUGCGGCUCCGCCCCGGCCGCCAUGUUGUGGCGGCGGAAGCGGCGGCGAGAGCGCGGGUAGCGGCCGCGGCGUACGGAGCAUGCACGGCGCGAAGCAGCGGCCCGCGGGCGCGCACCCUGGCCAGUGGGUGCUCAUUGCACCAGAGGCUGCUACCGACCUGCCUAAAACACCUGAGAGCGAACCUUUGUUUACCAAACUGCGCAACCCAAGCACAGGGGAAGCAACCCUUUACUUAUUCAACAGUGGUGCACAGCAGCUGUUUGAAGUAAAAGCUUUUCAUGAGGAAUAUCAUUCCUGGUUUAUAGGUCAGACUGUUCAACAAGAUGGGCGCCUGCUGUUUGUUACACCGAUGGAUCCCUUAUUCCUGAUACUUUACUACCUCAUCGAGGCAGACAAGGAGCAGCAAGGAAAGUUCCAGCCACUCGAUCAAGUUGUGCUAGACUCUGAAUACCCUAACUGCCUCUUGCUGCUGAAGUGUGCAGAUGUUCAGCAGCACAUACAUCAUGUAACAGAAGAAAAAGAGAUUGGCAGUCAGAAGUUCCACAAAUACAGCCAAGAGAAGACACUGAAGUGGUUAAAGAAAAAGGUCAGUCAAACAGUGAAAGCUCUUAAAUCCAACAAUAUCAUUGUGGGUGAAAGGGUGUAUGCAGCUGCAUAUGUCAGUGACAAACAGAUCACAGACACUGAAGAAGACUAUGUACGAUAUGCACAUGGAUUAGUGUCUGAAUACAUUCCUGAAGAUCUCAGUAAGAAGUUGUUACAAUACUUAGGGCUCCCAGAACAUAAAAACCCAGUUCCUGAGCCACCACUGAAGAAAAGGAAAUUAUCAGACGUCCCUGUGGAAGCAGAACAAGAUUAUACUAAGUUUAACAGCACCAACCUGAAAGCCAAAAAGGCAAACAUCAAGAUGACUGCGGCACAAAAGGCUCUGGCCAAGGUUGAUAAGAGUGGAAUGAAGUCCAUUUCUUCCUUCUUUGGUUCCAAACCUAAAGCAUCAAAAUAAAGGCUUGUUCUUGAAAGAGGUUUUUAUCCAGUGGUUAUUUUUAUGUUAAGCUUAAGAUGUCUGCUGGGUUUUUUUGUUAGUGUGGUAUAUGCAGGGCAUGGCUGUGUACGUGGUGGAGCGUGCUGAAGAGAUCUGUGAGCUGGUGUGGGGCGCUGCUGUUACGCCUCAGCGAGGCAGGGCAGUACCAUGCAGAUAUUCCAGCCUGUGUCAGGGAUUAGCAUGGUCCUGUGAGCUAAGAAAGCAAGGUUCAGCAUGGUACAAUCCUGUACUGUGGCUUCGCAUAGAGCAAACUUAGUCAGGGCCACCACAGAGUCUUCUCCAUCACACUCCAUUGUGGGACAGAAACAUGUCCUCCUCAGAGUUUUUA